UUCUGGUGUUGUUAUUUAUUUUGUACCGAGUUUUCCGCGCGCAUGAGCUGUGUAAUGACCAGCGUAUUCUCAUCAUCUACGGAACUUGAGACAAUUUUUCAAGUACGAAUUGAGUGAAGUUAAAUAUAGGGAUACAAUUACACAAUUCCAGUUCUUACGGUGGCUACCUCAUCUGCUAAUAUAAAAGACGCCACGAUGGCAGGCGUGGACGCUCUGCAGCGAGGAUGUCUCAAGAAACAUCUGCUGCUCGUGCUGACUGUGGGCGGCGUAAUCCUGGGCGUCGCUCUGGGAAUGGGUUUGCGUUAUGCCGAGCCCGGCGCAACGACAAUCCUGCUGUUGUCCUACCCAGGCGAGCUGUUCAUCAGGAUGCUGAAGCUCAUGAUCCUGCCCCUGGUGAUAGCUUCGCUCAUUGCAGGAUCUGCUAGCCUAAACGCCAACCUGAGCGGCUCGAUCGUGGCCAAGACCGUUGGAUACUUCCUGGCUACGUCCUUCUUCAACGCCAUCCUCGGCAUCCUUCUGGCCAUAGCCAUCAAGCCAGGCGUGGGGCUUUCUAACCAGAGCCUGGACGACGUGUACGAGAAGAGCAGCUCGUCCAACAACGCCAACAUCCUCGACGGCUUCCUGGACCUCGGACGCAACCUCUUCCCUGACAACCUCUUCGUCGCCGCCUUCCAGCAGGUGCAAACUGUGUACAAAGAAGAGACCGUGCCGGUGAUGGCGGCCAACAGCUCCGAAGUGAUGGAGGAAGUAACCAGACUCGUUCGACAGUGUACUAAUUCAGCGGCCACGUUGCCCAUCACGUUCCGCUGCAUGAACGACAAGUGCGGCGUAGACCCGCGCAUAUCGCGCUUUGUUUUGCCCAUCGGCGCUUUCUCGCUGGUAUUCGGCACGGUGCUCGGAUCUCUUGGUAAACGCGGUUCGCCGGUCACCGAAUUCUUCGCCAUCGUCGACGAAGUUAUCCUCAAGAUCGUGACCGGCAUCAUGUGGUUGUCGCCCGUGGGCGUGGCGAGCGUGAUAAUGAGCAAGAUCUUGGCGGUGGACAAACUGGCAGCUGUAAUGAGCACCUUAGCUCUCUUCAUCGUCACUGUGAUCAUCGGAGUCUUCCUGUACCAGUUGGUGUUCCAGAACCUCUUGUACCUGAUCAUCGUGCGUAAGAACCCAUUCAAGUUCUACUUCAACCUCCUUGAGGCCUGGGUCACGGCCUUCGCCACGGCGUCAACAGCGGCCACGUUGCCCAUCACGUUCCGCUGCAUGAACGACAAGUGCGGCGUAGACCCGCGCAUAUCGCGCUUUGUUUUGCCCAUCGGCGCGACCGUCAACAUGGACGGCACGGCGCUCUUCGUGGCCGUGGGCACCUGCUUCAUCGCUCAGAUCAACGAGAGAGUCCUGGGCAUCGGCGACUACGCCACUAUUGCAGUUACAGCGACUGCCGCGAGCGUCGCUAGCGCCAGCGUGCCCAGCGCAGCCCUCUUCCUCAUCCUGAUCGUCCUGACCGCCGUCGACCUGCCCUCGGACGACGUUACCCUCUUCUUCACCGUCGACUGGCUUGUGUGA